AGUAUUUUUUCCUUAAAUAUCCAUAUUUCUUUAACUGAUAUAUAUAUAUAUAUUAUCACCAUUUAUUUAUUUAAUUAACCCAUUUAUUUAUUUAUUUUAUUCUGUUUCUAGUAUUGCAUACAUAUUACUUUAAUUAACCCCCUUAUAUAUAUGGUCUGCUAUUCCAUUAUUAUUUUUUCUUUAUAAUACAUUGAUAUAAUUUCCUCCACCUCUUUAUUUCCAAGUAUUCAGUAUAUUGUCAUUAUACUGGGGUCCCGGUACUCCCGCUUCAUAUAUAUUAUAUUCCUUCCUAGUUCGUCAGCAUAAACUCAAUAUUUUCUCUCACUGUAUACUUACCUCACCUUACCGAUACCUCCGGUUCCCAAUCAGGCUUUCUUCUCCGAUAUUUCUUCCCCUGCGUUUCGUUUCGCCAUCUUCUUUUCUUCUGCGCCAUCGCCGCCAUUUUCUCUCAGCUCCCGGAAGUCUCGCGAUACUUCAGCAGAGUGGUCCUCACCUGCUGUUGGGCGGGAAUCCUGUCACUCCGUCAGGUUCCCUCAGAGACGCAGUACUGCCUCCCUGUUACUCCAGUACCACACGGUGAUUGGCUUUACUAAUUAGCUACUCUGUAAUUAAUUUGUACUCGGUCCCAGCAUUACUGAGUACCUACUGACACACUGUGACAGAAAUACCAAAUUGCUUUUAUAAAAGCAAAUCAUUUCUGCCUAUUCUGCCUAGAAUUGCCUCAUAGCAUAUAUAUAUAAAUAUUAAUAUUUACUCAUGGAGACCUCUGAAGCUCAAUCAGCUAAUAUUGAGGCUAAUAAUAAUGACCACCUCCAGAAUCUGGUGGAUAAUUCAGUGGCCAGAUCAGUACAGAGUGCCAUGUUAUCUGCAGUUACUGUUUUGCAAGAUAGUAUACAGAAAUCUAUUUCUCUGGCACUGGCCCACCCCUCCACCUCUAAUCCCAAAACACCUGGUGAUCUUUAUUUCACACCAGAAACUUCAGUGGCGGAUUUAGCCAAAGGGUUUAAUGUCCCCAAAAAGGCUACUUCCAAAAAACGACACACACAUGACGGCACUGCUCCCCCUCCUAAAAAACAAUGUAAAGGAGGUCGCCAAGAUAAAUUAAAAGACAGACCUAUCAUAGGUCACGAUAAAUGCGCUUCAAAGCCGCACACGUUACCCUCUGCCCAAGAGGAAGUAUCUGUAAGUAGGGCUCAUAAGACCGCUAAAAGAAAUAAACCAAAUUCUUUUACAGAACCGAAUUCUGAUCAUUCUUCAGAUUCUCAGGCUGAGGAAAUUGUUGACUCUUUUGACUACCUGUCACAAGAAAGCGGUGAAAUAAAUGAUGACCCUGACUAUCAGGAGGAUGACCCUUUGGAGGAAUCAGACCUUUCCUCCUUUGACCCAGCCCUCAUCCAACACCCCAGAUCUGGGGAAUGGCUACCUAACCCCAUAGUUGCUAAGUUCCUCUCUAUUAGAGUUAACAAGAGCAUGGAUAAGGUCACUCGCAGUAAACUGAAGGCAGAGUGUCCCCGCCCUACACUCCCCCAUUUAUCUUCAAUAACUCCAGAACUGGACCCAGUUCUGAAUAAAUUUUUGAUGAAAACAGGGAAAAAUCCUAAAAAAGGUAUAGAUAGGAGUUUUAAGUCCUGUCAGGACAAACUCCUGGAUAUUCUCGGUCCCUUAUCAAAGAUUUUAGACAUGGUAGAAGAAUCUUCUAUCUCCAACAAACCAGUUGAAGUGGAAGUUCUAAAAGGUUGGACACAACGUGCUGUAUGUUUUUUGGGCAACGCAAAUGCAGCCCUUUCCACUGAGCGUAAACGCUCUGUUCUAAUGAGAAUCGACCCCCAAUUAACGAACUUAGCAUCCAAUGAACCUACUCACCCCACAGAGGGGAUGCUCUUUGGGGAAGAUUUUAUUAAUCAAAUGGGCAAAUACGUUGGACUCUUUUCGUCCAUCAACAAAGCUCAAACAUCGUUGAAAAAAGUUUUUUCCAAUAGGGUUUUUGGUAGGGCCGGGAAAGGAAGGAGCCGCUCUUCCGGCCGCUAUCUCCCCACUAGACAACAGUCAAGAGUCUUCCCAUUUACUCCCACAACCUUCCAUUAGGAGGGAGACUCACACAUUUUUUAACAAACUGGACUACAAUUACGUCAGACUCUUGGAUCCUGGAUACAGUAUCAGGUUUCCAAAUAGAGUUUUUCUCUCCUCCCGUACAACACUCUCUACCCCAUCCAAUUCAUUUUUCAACUACAGACCUAGAUCUGAUCAAUCUAGAAGUAACGGAACUCAUUGCAAAGAAAGCAAUUAUACCUGUUCCCCUAAAUUCCCCAGGUUUUCUCAGCAAUCUAUUUCUAGUACAAAAGAAAGAUGGAGGUCACAGACCCGUGAUCAACUUAAAACUACUCAACAACUUUGUUGUGUACAGACACUUCAAGAUGGAAGGCAUCCAUCUUCUGAGAGAUAUUCUACUAAAAGACGACUGGCUAGUCAAGAUAGACCUAAAAGAUGCUUAUCUAACAGUCCCGAUUCACCCAUCCUCUCAAAUCUUCCUCCAAUUUCUUUGGAACACUCAAAAAUGGCAAUUCACAUGCCUCCCCUUCGGACUCUCAUCAGCCCCAUGGUGCUUCACAAAACUUCUGAAGCCUAUAAUUGCUCUACUCAGAAGCCGAGGUGUUCGUCUCAUUAUUUAUCUGGACGACAUUCUCAUCAUGGCUCAAUCCAAAAAUCUUCUUCUAACCCACAGAGAUUGGACUCUAUCCCUUCUUUCCAAUCUGGGUUUUCUAAUCAACUUCAAAAAAUCCAUUCUCCUACCAUCCCAGGAACUGGAGUUCUUGGGUUUCAAGAUCAAUACUCAAUCAUCCACUCUGAGUCUUCCUCAGAAGAAACUCAAAACUAUUCGGAAAGAGAUUCGCCAAAUCCUUCGCAAAGAUCUUAUUUCUCUCCGUACCAUAGCUCGGAUAGUGGGUCUUCUUUCAGCUUCCAUUCAAGCUGUAUUUCCAGCCCCUCUCCAUUAUCGAGCCCUACAACGACUGAAAAUUCGUCAUUUGAGAGAAGGCCUGGGAUACUCAGACGAGAUUCGCCUCUCUUCAGACGCCAAAGAAGAACUUCUUUGGUGGCUAUCUCACAUCCAGACCUGGAAUGGAAGAACAAUCUUCAAUCCAAAUCCGGAUAUUGUCAUAGAAUCAGACGCAAGUCUUUCGGGUUGGGGAGCGCGUUGCGGCUCCCUCUCUACUGGAGGGAAAUGGUCUCCUUCCGAAUCCCAGCUUCAUAUCAAUUGUUUAGAACUUUUAGCUGGGUCCUUCGCACUAAAGAGCUUUGUGAAGGAUUCCUCUCACUGCUGUGUAUUACUUCGCAUGGACAAUAUCUCAGCAGUCCAAUACAUAAAUCACCUGGGUGGUACAACUUCAAAAGACCUUGCGGAAAUUGCCAAAGAUUUCUGUCAUUUUUGUCUAGACAGACAUAUUACGUUGAAAGCAGAAUACCUACCUGGCAUAUCCAACUCAAUCGCAGAUUGGAAUUCUCGUUUUCUAACAGACUCCAGCGAUUGGAAACUUCUCCCUUCCAUUUUUCUGGAGAUCAACCAUUUAUGGGGUCCUUGUCAUCUAGACAUGUUCGCUUCUCGACUGAACUGUCAAAUCCCUCAGUUUUUCAGUUGGAGACCAGAUCCAGAAGCUCUAGGCAUAGAUGCAUUCCUCCAACAUUGGCCACAGGAAAUUCUUUACUCGUUUCCUCCCUUCAACCUAAUCCCUCGAGUCCUCCUUCAAACUUCUAUCCGGAAAUCUACUAUGGUUUUAAUUGUUCCUUGGUGGUCAACCCAAUCGUGGUUUCCCCAAUUACUUCAACUUCUAACAGAUUAUCCACGAAUCCUACCAUCCAUUCCGAAUAUCCUUCAAGAUCCCUUAGGCAACUUUCAUCCUCUAGUAUUAUCAGAUCAACUAAUCUUAUUAGCUUGCCUCAUUUCCGGCAUACCAGAACAUCAUCUUCA